UUGAUUACCAUCUAACGUAAUUUCUGCGAUGGUGAUAAAUUACCGUCAGUUUGUCCCAAAAAAUAAUUAAAUCACGUUGAUCUUGGUGGUUAUUCGAUCGGGCUUUCUGCGAGCGACGGCGGGUCAAAAAGGCCCGACCCGUCUCGUUCGAAGACGACAUCCGCGGCGGCCGUCGAGUUCGAAGUUCGAACCCCGUAAACCGAAACGAAGGAGAAGAAGAAGGAGAAGGAGAUGGGGAAGGAAGCGAGCUUGGAGGGGGAGAGGGUGGCGCUGGUGCCGUACACGGCGGCGCACGUGCCCAAGUACCACGAGUGGAUGCAGGACCCGGCCCUCCUCGCCGCCACCGGCUCCGAGCCGCUCUCCCUCGAUCAGGAGUUCCAGAUGCAGCGUUCUUGGACCCUCGACCCACUCAAGCAGACGUUUAUCAUAUUGGACAAGGAAAUGGUGGACGGGAAGUAUAUGCAAGGAGAUCCCCAUGUGGAAGCCAUGGUUGGUGAUGUGAACAUAUACAUGAAUGAUUUGGACGAUCCCCAGAUGGCAGAGAUUGAGAUAAUGAUUGCAGAGCCCAAGAGCCGUGGCAAGGGACUUGGAAAGGAAUCUGUUCUGAUGAUGAUGGCUUUUGCAAUGAAAAACUUUGGGAUCCACACUUUUCGUGCAAAAAUUGGAGAAUCGAACAGAGCAUCUCUUCAUAUGUUCCAGAAAUUGGGCUUUGUGGAGUCGUCUUACAGCGAAAUCUUCAAGGAGGUGACCUUGGAAUUAGAUGUUACGAAGGCGAAGCAGGAGGAGCUACAGUGUCUACUUGGUGAUGUUAACCACGAAUAAGAGUGAACGAAUGUGGUCGCCCUUCUUAUUUAGCUGUGAGCAGUUAUCUUCAUUUGGGGGAGUGUUGCUGACGUGCACAAUGAUUGGCGCUGUAAAGAGUUGAACAGACAAAGUAACAGUUUGUACUACAUCGUAUUUUUUCUCCCCCAUUAUGUACAUAGCAAUUUGCGUGCCCCACA